UCCCUGAAAUCACAAACAAACCAAACCCUAGAAUUCUCUCACUCUCUGAAAAAUGAAAACCUCUCCCAUGGCCACCACGCUUCUCCUCUUUCUGAUUCUCCUCUCCCUCUCUUCCUCCGCCGUCGCUUUCUCCGCCACCCUCCUCCUCACCGCCGCCAACACCCUCUCCAACUCCGGCUACCUCUCCAUGGCACUCACCCUCCAGCUCGCAGCCAGCGCCGGCCUCGACCUCGACUCUCCCACCGCCACCAUCUUCGCUCCGUCGGACACCGCCUUCCUCCAGUCGGGCCCACCCUCGCUGCCUCUGCUCCGGUACCACAUCUCGCCGCGACGAUUCUCCGUCAAAACCCUACCCUACCUCCACCGAGGCACCAAAAUCCAGACUCUGCUCCCGAAUUACUCACUCACCGUGACUUCGUCUCCGGCCGUCGAAGGCUACUCGUCGGUCAACGACGUUCGGGUCGACCCGAAUUCGGUUCUGGACGACGGGUCGGUGAUCAUAUACGCCGUCGAUCGGUUCUUUAACUUGACUUUCUUGAAGGCUGAAGAAGCUCCGGCGCCGGCUCCGAUCGCUGGAAUUUCGGGUCAGCCGCACCGGCCGUUCGGGUCGGUUGCGGAUCUGCUGAGGUCCAAAGGCUGUUCGAUCAUGGCCGCGUUUCUUGACGCCCAGCUGAUCGGGUUCAACCGGAAGACGGCGCUGACAGUGUUCGCAGCGGUCGACGACGCCGUCGAAGACUACGCGAGGAACAGCUCCGAUUACUCGGAGAUUUUCCGGCAGCACGUGGUGCCGAGGCUGCUGAAGUGGCAAGACCUGGUGGCGCUUGAUGACGGGACGAUGCUGCCGACUUUUGAAGAAGGGUUUAUGAUCAAUGUGAUCAAGAUGGGUGACGUCCCUGUGCUCAAUGAUGUUCCGGUGGCCGAUCAGGACCUCUACAAGAGCCGCUUCCUGGUUGUUCAUGGCGUCAAUCACUUGCUGACGUCACAGCAGCAGAUGGUGAGGCAAGAAGAAGACCCGGUUGGAGAUCAAGAAGAUGGUGGUGGUGCUGGUUUCACUGAUGGGUUUGUUGCCAAUGUUGCUGAUCAGAUCAACCCUCAAGGUUUUGAUGACUAUCACUGAGGUAUAAACAAGAUUUUGAUAACUUGGAGCACCCUUUUUACAAGUUUGUAUAUUCUGUGUGUUUUCUCACAUCAAGAAUUGGAUUUAGAUAGAGUUGAUUUCAGAAGCCAUGAAUCUCAGAGUGUAUGUUUUUGGCUCAGAAUAGCUUGUGGGAUUGAAUUGUUAGAUUCAUGGCUUUUGUUCAAGGAAACUGUAUUGUUGAAAUAGGAAA